AUGAUUUCGGCACAAUUUAUUUCGGAACAAGUCGAGCACCUGGCGAGGCUGCGACCGGCGGUGGCUCCGGCUGGCGAGGCUGCGCCCGGCGGUGGCUCCGGCUGCCGCAUUCCCACCCCGCUGCGAGGCCGCUGUCACCUCAGCGAGGCGUCGCCGCUCUCCGUGCCGCCUCCCGCCCUGAGGCAGUCCAGGCGGCCAGGAUGCACCGAGGGCAGCGGCGAUGAGCGCAGCAGAAGGACGAUCCGGAACCAGUACCGGGAGCUCAUCUACAGCGUGCAGCAAAAUCGUGAGGAUAUGCUGAGUUCAAAAAGCAACACAUUGACAAAAGCCUUGGAAGAAGCCAAUAAACUAUUUAGUGGAGUUUCGUGUGCACGUGAGGCUGCGCUGGAUGCCCAGUUUCUUGUCUUAGCAUCAAAUCUAGGAAAGGAAAAGGCCAAUGAGUUGCACUCUGAGAUGACAGCAUUUGAUUCCCUGGCAUUUGCAGAAGACUUGCUAACCUUCAUGGGUAUAAAUCGCGUAGAAGUAGAAGAAAAUGACAGUGAUUCUGAGAGCAUUUCAGCUGGCUAUUUACCUAGUAAUGCCUGGCAUAAACUGGGAGAGGAAACAGAAAAGUACUUCAGAAGAGCACCUUCAUUUCACUACAUGUUGGGAUCUUUCAAGUCUGAACCUCCUGUACCAAGGCAACGGAUUGAGAGGCAGAAAAAGGCUACAGGAGGAGAACAAAAACGAGCAAUGCCAGCUCAGUUAAAAAAAAUGGAGGAGUCUCAGGAGGAAGCUACAGAAAAAGAGGUAGAGAGGAUCUUGGGAAUAUUGCAAACUCAUUAUAAAAAUGAUCCUGAUACACCCAUUUCCUUCUUUGAUCUUGUGAUUGAUCCAAACUCUUUUGCACGCACUGUGGAAAACAUUUUUCAUGUGUCCUUCAUUAUAAGGGACGGUCUUGCAAGUAUAAAGCUGGAUGACGAUAAAUUGCCGAUAAUAGAGCCCUCAAAAGACAGCAAGGCAAAGGAGAGUGACUUCAGUGCUGGAGCGCGGAACCAGGUUGUCAUAUCUCUGAGCCAUCAAGAGUGGAAGGAGAUCAUAGAAACGUAUGAAAUAACAGAACCCAUGAUUAGCCCUCCUCCUCAGAGUAAUGAAGAUGAAAUGGACAUAGCUUAA